CAGAAAUUUCGUUUUCAUUACAACGCGCACACAAAUGACUGACAAGGCGAAGGCUGACCAAUUCAAGGCAGAGGGCAACACUGCAUUCACUGCGGGCAACUUUGAGAAGGCCGUCGAGCUGUUCUCGAGCGCCAUUGCGUGCGAUGGCACCAACCACGUCCUGUUCAGCAACCGCUCGGGUGCGUAUGCGGGCAUGAAGGACUACAAGAAGGCCCUCGAGGAUGCCGACAAGUGCAUCGCCAUCAAGCCCGACUGGGCCAAGGGCUACUCGCGUCGCGGCGCGGCCCACUUCUUCCUCGGCAAUCUCGAGGAGGCCGAGCAGGCGUACAAGGCCGGCCUCGAGAUCGAGCCCGCCAAUGCAAGCCUCAAGCAGGGUCUGCAAGAUGUUGCUGCUGCUAUUGCCUCUGCCGGCAGCAUGCCCUUGAGCGACGCCUUCAAGCAAAUCUUUGCGCCCCAAAACCUCCAACAGCUGCUUGUGCACCCCACCACGCGCAAGUACAUGCAGGAGCCCGACUUCCAACUCAUCAUGGCUGACGUUGUCAAGAACCCCUCCUCCAUGUCCAAGUACCUGCAAGACCCUCGCUUCUCGGCCGUGCUGAACGUUCUUUUGAGCUCUGCCGGCGCUGCUGAGGAAGAGGAGGCCAACGCCGGCCAUGGCCACGCGCACGACGGCAGCGAGGGCCACGGUCAUUCCCACGAUGGCAGCGAAGGCCACGGCCAUUCCCACGGCCCUGCCAAGCCUAGCACCAGCGCCAGCGCCAGCAAACCAGCAGCAGCUGCUGCGCCCGCACCCGCCGCAAGUGAGCCCGUCACUGAAGAGCAAAAGGUGAACGCGCAAGCCGAGAAGGAAAAGGAGCUGGGCACUGCAGCGUACAAGAAGCGCGAUUUUGCGACUGCCGCAAAGCACUACACUGCUGCGUACGAGCUGGUGCCCACCAACAUUGUCUACCUCAACAACCGUGCUGCUGUGCACUUUGAGAGCGGCGCCUACGACCUCUGCCUCGAGGACUGCGCAAAGGCGGUUGAAGUCGGCCGCGAAAACCGCGCUGACUUUAAGCUGAUUGCAAAGGCGCUCUCGCGCGCCGGCUCUGCUGCCCAGAAGCAGGGCAAGCUGACGGAGGCGCUCAACUUUUUCAACAAGUCGCUUUCCGAGCACCGCAACCCCGAAGUCAACGAGAAGAAGCAGUUGCUCGAGAAGGAGAUUGAGCUCAAGAAGAAGACCGACUACAUUGAUGUCGCCAAGUCUGCCGAGGCUCGUGAGCGCGGCAAUGCGCUGUUCAAGAGCUCGGACUUUAUCAACGCCAUCGGCGAGUACUCUGAAGCCAUCAAGCGCAACCCCUCCGAUGCCAAGCUGUACUCCAACCGCGCUGCUUGCUACACCAAGAUUCUCGAGCUGCCGCUGGCCGCCAAGGACGCUGACGAGUGCAUCCGUCUUGAUCCCACCUUCAUCAAGGGCUAUCAGCGCAAGGCGACCGUGCAGAUUGCCCGCAAGGACUUUGCUGCCGCCAUGGAGACGUACGACAAGAUUAGCAAGCUCGAGGAUCCCACUGCCAAGCAGAUCGCCGAGGAGGGCAUGGCUCAAUGCCGCCAGGCCAUCAUGCGCAACCACAACAGCAACGAGAACGCCUCCGAAGAGGAGAUUGCACAGCGCGCCAUGGCCGACCCAGAGCUGCGCGAAAUCAUGGCCGACCCCGUCAUGCGCCAAAUUCUCGAGCAAAUGACUGGCGACCCCGUUGCCGCUGCUGCCCACAUGAAGAAUCCCGAAGUCGCUCGCAAGAUUCAAAAGCUCAUCUCGGCCGGCAUCAUCAAGGUUCGCUGAAAAAAAAAACCCCCUGCAACGACGUUUGUGACAAGGGGGGAAACGGCUUUCUUGCCUUGGUCGUGCUAGGUCUUUGUUUUCAUUCCAAUCCAAAUGUAUGAAUCGUUCUUCGUUCUUGCCGAUCGUAAUGCUUUGUCGUUUGUGUGUUUGUGUGUUUCAUCAAUACAAAAAUAGCUUUCUUACCAACAACAAAG